GGAUUUGUGAGCGAGGCGCAGCGUAAUGUGAUCAUGGCUCACGCGAGCAGCAGAACCUUCAUCAAGCACUAUCGACCACGACGGCAUACUGGUUUGCAGGAGGUCAUGUGCGGAAUUGAUCCGGACGAGGAACUUUCGCGAGCUGUAACUCGGAUGAGCCGAUGGAUUGACAAGAGGCGACCCCGAUAUCUAAGCGACGCUGAGAAAGCGUCAGUGGAGAAGGAUCCCGAGUUGCAAUCCGCAAUGCGAGAGCAGGUCGAACUGGAGGACCGUUAUGCUCGAACCGGCGAUCCAGCAUUGCGGGCCUUGUUGGAACAACAGAAGCGCAAUGUUGACAACACACGUCGCCGUCUUCGGGAGAGACGGCGGAAAGAGAUCCGCCGGGAUUUCAGUCGGAAACAAGCGGUCAUUGAUAUCGAGAGGCAAUUAACAGGCGGUGCUGUGAAUGACGAACCUGCCCGGGAGGUGUUACGAAAGGAAUUUGCCAUGCCACCGGAGCAGAUCUUCCUUGUGGAGACGUUUUUCACCUGGCCCACAUCAGACUCGUUGGAAGACGAAUGGGUGAGGCGCAAUAAAGCCACGGCGGCGGCCACACAGUAUUGCGGUUUCCGUGAGGGGGGCCCUCUCCGCGGACGGCCGAAACGUCCUGCAUCAGACGAUGAAACUCAAGUCGCAGACCCACCGGCUAAGAAGCAGAAGACGCAGAAGCGUCCGACUGUAUCGGCAUGGGAGAAUAAGCUUGCUGCCAUCAAGGAGAAGGUGGCAGCGGAGAAACCAUCUGCGUGUUUCCAAUGCUUGAAAGAAUACUCUGACGUUUACGGAGUGAAGAGACACUUUAAGACAUUGCAUCUGCAGGAUCGCAAAUGCAACUUCUGUGAUCUGUCGCUACAGCAUGAGAUGCACCUGCGGAGGCAUGCACAGGAUGUACAUCGGCUUCUUACGUGAGCGUUAUCCUUGCGCUACUGUGGGGUCCCUCCUAAUGCUGGCUGAUGGCCAUCAACUUGCUACAGAUGCUAUUCAGAUGGUGGAUUCAGAGGAGCUCAUUCCUAAAGAGAGAGUGGCACGAUACAAUUACCAUAAUUAGACGAAUCGUUUAGAACUAGCUGCACCUAGUAGACCUGGGCAACCCAGUUUCUUCCCAUUACUUUUCUUUGG